AACCAAGAGUGAUAGAGAGAGCAAGAGGGAAAAAAAUGAGAUGUUGGAGAGGAUUGAUUAGUACAAGAUGUUUCCCUCCCUCCCUCUUAGUCUAAUCUAAUCUAAUCUAAUCGACGAAGUCUUUCUAUCUAUCUAUCUUGUUAAGUUAGGACUACUGCUGCUAGUUUUUCUUGUUAAAUCGAAUCGAAUCUAUUUGUUUGUUGUUUUAGAAUUGGAAGAUAUAUGACUUGAUUGCGUAGCCGGCUUCGGAAACAAAGCCAAUCCAAUCCAAUCCAUCCAGCAAAGGAGGAUUAAAUUAAAUGGGUUGUUUUUCGUGUUUCGAUUCCAAGGAGGAUGAGAAGCUCAAUCCAAAUCCACAGCAGCAGCAACAACAAACCCAUCAUCACGAUCAUAAUCUCCCCUCUCAUGUUUCCAGAUUGCCAUCUGCACCCUCUGCAGGACCAGACAAACUGCGGUCAACAAGUAACGGAGGAGCAUCCAAAAGGGAAUUCACUGCUGCUCUCAAAGAUGGACCGCCCGCCCAAAUUGCCGCUCAAACUUUUACUUUCCGUGAACUUGCUGCUGCAACCAAAAAUUUCAGGCCUCAGUCCUUUUUAGGGGAAGGUGGUUUUGGAAGGGUCUACAAGGGACGCCUCGAAUCUACGGGUCAGGUAUUCUAUUACUAUAAUUUAUUCAACUCAUCAUUAAUACAAAUCAUAUGGAUUGGUGACCACUCACUCCUCAUGUUUGUUCCCAUACCUAUGCAGGCUGUUGCUGUUAAGCAGUUAGACAGAAACGGUCUCCAGGGUAAUCGGGAGUUCCUUGUCGAGGUUCUCAUGCUCAGUCUUCUACACCACCCUAACCUUGUCAGUCUCAUUGGAUACUGUGCGGAUGGGGACCAACGCCUCCUAGUUUAUGAAUUUAUGCCCUUGGGAUCAUUGGAAGACCACCUUCACGAUCUCCCCCCUGAUAAGGAGCCAUUAGAUUGGAACACUAGAAUGAAAAUAGCUGCUGGUGCUGCAAAAGGAUUGGAAUACCUACAUGACAAGGCCAAUCCUCCAGUAAUUUAUAGGGACUUCAAGUCAUCUAAUAUAUUACUUGAUGAAGGUUAUCACCCUAAGCUUUCUGACUUUGGUCUGGCGAAGCUUGGUCCUGUUGGGGACAAAUCACAUGUUUCCACUCGUGUCAUGGGAACUUAUGGUUACUGUGCUCCUGAGUAUGCUAUGACUGGACAACUGACUGUAAAAUCUGAUGUAUAUAGUUUUGGGGUAGUCUUCUUGGAGCUGAUUACUGGCCGUAAAGCCAUUGACAGCACCCGGCCCCACGGAGAACAAAACCUUGUUACAUGGGCACGGCCUUUGUUCAAUGACCGUAGGAAGUUUCCAAAGUUGGCAGAUCCACGAUUGCAGGGUCGGUACCCCAUGCGGGGUCUUUAUCAAGCUCUAGCUGUGGCAUCAAUGUGCAUUCAAGAACAGGCAGCUGCACGUCCUCUGAUUGGGGAUGUGGUAACGGCCCUCUCUUAUCUAGCCAACCAGUCACAUGACACUAACAAUGCCGGCAUUGGUAAUAAUAAGGGAACUGGUGAUGAUAAAAGGAGUAGAGAUGAUAAAGGCGGAAGAAUAUUACAAAAUGAUGAAGGUGGAGGAUCUGGACGCAGAUGGGAUUUGGAAGGAUCUGAGAAAGAUGAGUCCCCACGUGAAACUGCGAGGAUGUUAAACAGGGAUCUUGAUAGAGAACGUGCUGUGGCUGAAGCCAAGAUGUGGGGAGAGAACUGGAGAGAGAAAAGACGGCAGAGUGUGCAGGGCAGUUUUGAUGCUUCUAAUGCCUAGUUUACACUCUGCAAAUCCGAGCACCGUCUUCUGAAAUAUCUUGGUUGCGGCCAUGCAAUGCAAGGUGAUUUUUUUUGGAUCUCAUCUUUGGUAGAGCUGGUCUAUGACAAGUCUGAAUGAUUCAUUUUGACGUGCUCUAAUUUGUUUGCAGUGGCUGCAGCGAAACAUAAUGAAUCUGGUACCAAAAUAUGUUACUUUAGCCUUGUAUGCACUUUGUUUUCCUUUAUGUAUUUCACUUCCCCUGGUGGUUAUGGGCAUAUUGAAGUUGUACAUUAUUUGCUAGUACUAGGAGUGCAAGGUUACAAAACCGAUGUUUAAAAAAAUACUGCCGUAAAAACAUGCAAGGAUAAAAUACUUGUUUUUAGGUUUUGCUCGAGCUAAAUUGAGAGAUUCCAAUAUUCUAA